CAUAGUUCCAAAUUGCUUUCUAGAAUGUCUAGACUAAUUCAUAACUCUACUAACAAUGCAUCUAUAUGCCAUUUUUCCAGAGUUCCACCAACAUUUGCCAUUUUCCUUUUUUGUUAACUUUGCCAAACCAAGGUGUAUGAGGUGGAAACUCUGAAUUGCUUUAUUUUUAUUCUCAAAUUUUUAGUGGAGGUUUUUUUUUUUUUCAUAUAGCUAUUGAUAGUUUGGAUUUCAUUCUUUGAAAACUACUUGAUCAAAGCCUUUGACCAUUUAUCAAUUGAGGAUCCAAUGUCAUUGUAAUUAACAUAAAAAUCAAAGGAUUUUAAAGCUAUAAGCAAGGUUCGUUUUUAUAGGUUACUUUCUUAGAAGGUGCUCACCUUCUAGAGCAUUGUGCUAGAUGCUAGAGAUACAUUGAAGCAGGUAUAAGACUGAAUCAUCUUUGCCCUUAAGGAACUUAUAGCCUACUUAAGAAAACAUGGAACAUAUAUAAAAAGAUAAUGCAUUUUGUUUGGAUUAAAUGAAUGCUACUUACAAGUAGAUGCUACAGCAGUUCAAAGAAGAGAAGGAUUUUUUAAUCAAAUUUAUCUUCCCAUGCAAGGAACCUGCUUAUAGAGUGACUGGUAGUCAACUUCUUUUGAGUAGUGUUUGGGUUUUUUUUUUUUUAAUGUUACUGUUGUCUGAAAUGAGAGAACUAUUUGCAGGGAAAGAUGUUCAAUUUAGAUAUUCUGAGUUUGAGGUGACUAAUCUCCAUGUGGAACUGUCUAGAAGUUGGAAAUGUGUGGUUUCCUCUUAGGGCAUAACAGGGUUGGCGAUAUAAGAUAUAUGGCUACCUAGAAGUGGAGCCAAGAUGAAAGCUACAACUUCUUAUACUUGGACCAUAUUUUCUUCUUCAUUAUAUUGACAGAAACAUAAGUUAAAAACUCAGUGUGUCUGAACAGAAUUGUGUCUACUGCUAAGUAAAUGUACAGAGAUUUGAGUCCAAUGUUUGAGAACAUGGAGCAUAUGCUUGGAAAAGGAAUUAAAGAUCACAUUAUGGUGAAAUUUGAACACAAACUUUUGCCUUAUUUCUGCACAUUUUUUCUUUAUACUUGGAUGCUGCAUAUAUUCGUGUCUAAUUAUGUGAAUAAGAGAUGCUCAGCAGCACUCUUAUGUUCCUAAGGGUCCUCUUUCUCUGGGUUUUGCCUCUUAUUCUAGAAGUAGUUAAUUCUCUAUUAAUACCUGUUCUUAAAUAUUAAUUCUCUUCCUGACUUAUAUCUCCCCUCUCAGUUCCAAUUUUAAUGCACAAUGGUUUUUUCCCCCUUUAUAUAGUUUUCUAUCAGAUAGGCUAUUAAGGUUGUCACUAGCAGUAGGUACCCCUCUGAAGCUUGGUAAGAACAUUUGAGGCAUGAAUGACUGCUAGAAAUAAAAGGAAGGUUGGUUGCUUAUUUACUUUUUGUACCUCUUAUCACUUUUAUUAAGCUUUUAUUAAGCCUUGGAGGAUGGAAUGUCCUCAGGUUUACUGUUCAGCAGCAGCAAACCAAGAUCUAUCAACACCAACCUGCUUUUUCAGCCUUCUUUGACUUUCUUUAUCCAUAUAUCCUAUAUUUGAACUAAUAUGAUUAUUAUCCCCUUAAACAUAAACCUGAUUUCCUGUCCUUAUGCCAGUGCUCUGAUUUAAAUGCCUUUCUCUUACCAGUUCCAUUAGCCUUUUCCCAGUUCUUAUCCACAACUUUUUUUUUUGCCACAUUUGACAUUAACUGUCUUCUUUUUUCUGAAAAUUUCUUUUCCCAUGGCUUCCAUGGUACAUAAUUUUCCUGCUUCUUUUCCUAGUUUCUGGCCAUUCCUUCUCUUUCAGUAGAUCACUCUUCUUUCCCCUGAUGCCUAAACAUUACCAUUUCCUAGGGUUCUGUUUCCACCCUCUUUUCACACACUCUUACAUGCCCACAGUUACAACUGUCAUCUUUGCACAUCAUCCUAAAAUCUACACCCCUAACUUUUGAUCAUUGCCCUAAGUUCCAAAACUGAAUUUCUAGUGGUCUGCUGGAUGCCUAUUCCUUUGAUAGUUCACUAGUACCUGACACUUGAUUAUAUCUAAAAUCAAUUUACUAUCUUUUCCCCUAAAUCUAUACUUUUUCUUCACCUCCCCAUUUUUAUUCAUAGUACCAACUUCUUUACUGUCACUCAGGAAGCAAUUCUCACUUGGAUUCUGUCUGAUCUGUUCUUUGCUCUUCACAUCUAAUCAACUGUCAAAGCCAUCUUACUCAAAAUUCUGAAUUCUUUCCAUUAUACUAACUACUUUCUAGGAAAUGGGAUGAUUGUGCCGUUCAUGAUAGUACAGCUUUCAGUAACUCAAAAGUCAUCUAUGUAUGGCUUUGGAAUAGUGUUAGGCUCUCACAGCAAAAAUAUCAAUCUUCCCUAGACCUAAUAGCUCCCACCACAGUUUGGGCAAUGUGAGGAAGAAGGCUUCAAAUAAUAUACAGUUGAUAGUCCACUUAUAAAUAUAGUUGACAGUUGUCUAUAAGUAUGUUACACACACAUGCCACACAUGCACAUGUGUGCACACACAUUAGGAUGACAACCUUUGUUGAGUGAAUGACUGUGGUUUUAGAACUAAGAGAAUGUUGUUCUAUUUCUUUGACUUACUGUGUAUUCCUAAUCCACUUGCAAGUUGUUUGUUGUAAUACACUGGUGAGUAAUAUGUCAUUAACAUUGUAAUGCUAUGAUGCCAGUCAAAGUGUUUCAUUUUAUUGUCCCCCCCCCCCCCCCCUUAGUCCUCUCUGUUUUGAUUGUGUGCUUGUAUGUAGACUCUGAUUAGAUAGACUGGCUUAUUGCUGCUCAUCCAGAUCAAGGUGGAUGGCUCAGUCUUCUCCUGGUAUACAGUAUUCAGGUAAAUGGAAAAUAGUUUCAGGGACUAGAGGAAAGUUCCCGACCUCAUAACCCCUGGUGAAGUUUUCACCUUUGCUGUUGUUUCAAAGCUGCUUGGUUUAUCAUUUAACCUGUGGGUGCCAAGAGAAUAGAUUCUGUCAGACCUGAAGGCAAUGACCUCUGUGGUCUUAGACUCACUAAGCACUCUGCCCAAGUUGAAUGGAUGCCAGCUUCUGGGAGGAGACUCAUGAAUUGUGUACACUUUUCUUCUGAGCACUCAUUUGCCUCAUAGAAAGUAUUUUACAUUAGCCAAGUUCUAUAGCAGGAAUGUGGAAGCUUAGGAAUGUCCUGCUGCCAUACAUAGUCAGAGCCUUUUGGCUAUUGUCAUUGGAUUUCCUUAGGGCAGUUGCCUUAUGUUAUGGGAUAGAUAUUUACUAACAACACAUUAUAUAUAAGGUAUUAUCCUAGGUGCUGUGGGGAUAAUAAAAAUAAAUAAAAUCUGGUUUAUAUCUAGAAUGUCAUCACCAUAACCUGUUGAGCCAAUAUGGCUUAGCCUCCCACACUAUGAAUAGACUAUUUUUAGAAGGAAUCUGUGAUUGUGUUUUGCUGGAAUGAGUCUCUCUACCCAGUUUGAUAAGAUCAAGUGCUUAAUCUACUGGUAAUGAUGGCUUAGGCUACCUAUAACUGAGACCCAAUCCAAUUGUCUUUGCUUUCUGACCCUCAGGUAUCAUGAGAUGGCUGUUUAUAAAGACUUUUUGCCUUUUUUCCCCAGUAUUUCACCUGAAUUUCACCUAAAGGGUAGGCAUGUGGAAGCCUGAGUGUUGAUCUAUGUUCCACCUUCCUCCAGCUCUCUGAGAGGAUUUCAUGAUCACAUGACCCUGGAUAUGGAUGCUGUUUUGUCAGAUUUUGUCCGUUCUACAGGAGCAGAGCCAGGGUUGGCCCGUGAUCUUUUGGAAGGAAAAAAUUGGGAUGUAAGUGCAGCCCUCAGUGAUUUUGAACAACUUCGUCAGGUCCAUGCCGGGAACCUGCCUCCACCCUUUAGUGAGGGUCGUGGUGGCCCCAGACCUCCUGAGAAGGGACCUCCUGAAAGGGAGCCCACCCGCCCUCCCCGGCCCACCCUCCAUCGGCAGGAUGACAUUAUUCAAGAGAAACGCUUGUCCCGUGGCAUCUCUCAUGCCAGUUCCAGCAUUGUUUCUUUAGCCCGAUCCCAUGUCUCCUCUAGUGGUGGGACUGGAGGGAGCAGUGAGCACCCCCUGGAGAUGCCCAUCUGUGCCUUCCAGCUCCCAGACCUCACUGUAUUCACUGAAGACUUCCGCAGCUUCAUUGAAAGAGACCUCAUUGAACAGUCCAUGUUGGUUGCUCUGGAACAAGCAGGGCGUCUAAACUGGUGGGUAAGUGUGGACCCUACCUGCCAAAGGCUGCUGCCCCUAGCAACAACAGGAGAUGGAAACUGCCUCUUGCAUGCAGCCUCUCUUGGGAUGUGGGGUUUCCAUGAUCGGGACCUAAUGCUACGUAAAGCACUUUACUCACUGAUGGAGAAAGGAGUAGAAAAGGAGGCACUCAAACGUCGUUGGAGAUGGCAACAAACACAGCAAAAUAAGGAGUCUGGGCUUGUGUAUACAGAGGAGGAAUGGCAAAAGGAGUGGAAUGAACUCAUCAAGCUUGCCUCAAGUGAACCCCGAAUGCAUAUAGGUACCAACGGAGCCAGCUGUGGAGGGGUGGAGAGCUCAGAAGAGCCUGUAUAUGAGAGCCUGGAAGAGUUCCAUGUCUUUGUCCUCGCACAUGUGCUUAAGAGGCCAAUUGUUGUAGUGGCAGAUACCAUGCUCAGGGACUCAGGUGGAGAAGCAUUUGCCCCAAUUCCCUUUGGGGGGAUCUAUCUGCCCUUGGAGGUCCCGGCCAGCAGGUGUCAUCGAUCACCCCUGGUAUUGGCCUAUGAUCAGGCUCAUUUCUCUGCCCUGGUGUCUAUGGAGCAGAAAGAGAAUUCCAAGGAGCAAGCAGUGAUCCCACUCACAGACUCUGAACACAAGUUGCUGCCCUUGCACUUUUCGGUGGACCCUGGAAAGAGUUGGGAGUGGGGCAAGGAUGAAAGUGACAACAUCAGGCUGGCCAGUGUGACCUUGUCCCUGGAAGCAAAAUUACACCUGCUACAUAGCUACAUGAAUGUGAAAUGGAUCUCUUUACCUUCUGAUACACAGGCUCCUUUGGCUCAACCUGAGUCUCCCACAGCCUCAGCUGGGGAUGAACCCCGAUCUACCCCUGAAUCUGGGGAAUCUGACAAGGAAUCAGUUGGCAGCAAUUCCACCAGCAAUGGGGGAGGUGGGCGGAAAGAGAAGCCAAAGCGAGAUCGGGAGAAGGAUAAGAAGAGAGCAGAUUCAGUCGCCAACAAGUUGGGCAGUUUUGGCAAGACCUUGGGAAGUAAACUCAAGAAGAACAUGGGGGGCCUAAUGCACGGCAAGGGUACCAAGCCUGUUGGGAUUGGGGUAGGGCCUGGGGUACAACCCAGUGGCAGUGACACACUGGAGAAGAAGAAGAAAGGAUCACUUAAGGGCUGGAAGGGCAGCAAGGAGGAUACAUCUGGGGAUGUCAGCGGGUCUGAAAAGCCUAUACCUGAGUCUCCAGGAGAUGGAGGGAACAAGUAUAGCCAGGAGGUGAGGCUGAGCUUGAGCAUUAUGAGAAUUGCAAUGCAAGGGGAACGCAAGUUUAUUUUUGCUGGAAACCUGAAGAUGAGUCACCGACACCAGUAUCAGGAGGAGAUGAUCCAGCGCUACCUGGCAGAUGCCGAAGAAAGAUUCCAGGCUGAGCAGAAGCAGAAAGAGGCAGAAAGAAAAAUGAAUGGAGGGAGUGGGAGUGGACCCCCCCCAGCAAAGAAACAAGAGCCAGAUGGGGAAGAAGAGCUCCUGAACCCCUCCCCACCAGAGUCCAAAGCUUCACUCUCUCCCAGCCACCCUGGGGGCUUCACUAUCCCUAGGCCAGCUGGAGGGGGUGUCCACUGCCAGGACCUUGGGAGGCAGGUGGCAGGCGGUCCCUGUGGAGGACUCCCCUCUUAUGCUACCUUCCCUAGACAGUGCACCUCUGGGCGGCUCUACCCCAAUCAGGACCCAGUUACUUCCUUGGAGAGAAACAGUCAUUCUAUGGAUGGAAACCAAGGGGAAUCAUUGUUACCCUCCCCAUUUCGUGUGGCGGACAGCUACAGUAAUGGCUACAGGGAGCCCCCUGAGCCAGAUGGUGAUGGUGGAUGGGGUGGGGGAACUGUAGAAGACUUGGGGCUUCCUCUAACCCAGACCAAGUGCAAACAACCGAACUGCAGCUUCUAUGGACACCCCGAGACCAGCAACUUCUGUUCCUGCUGUUACCGGGAGGAACUGAGGCGGAGGGAACAGGAAAGGGGUGGGGAGUUGUUGGUUCACAGAUUCUGAAUGGGGGUGGAAGCUGGGAGGGUAAAGGGGGCAAAACAAAGAGAGGUAAUCGCAACUGAUUGGCUCAUCAUGACCCAGCCCAUUAUGGUGGGGCUAAUGCAAUAACUUCUGUGGGAGCUGACCCAGGCAUCAGGGUGUUGGGGGGAUGGUUAGCCCAGGCUGCUAGGAGCUGGCCAGGGCUGGGUAAGGGGGACUAAGGUGGUUCCUCGAAGAGAGUGGAAGCCUCCAUGGAACUGGAUUCGUCCAGGUUGGAGAAGCAAAUGGGGACAUUGUUGUGAUUCCACCUACUAACCCAUCUUUCCCCUGUUGGGGUAUUGAGAAGGGAUAGUUAGCUAUUGGGACAUCAUGAGGCUAGUAGACUUGAGGUUGGUGGAAUAAAAGACCAAAACUCUUCAUAGGUUGAAAAAUUAUGUGCCAGAGUGGAGGUUAAAAUAAACUAACUACUGGUUUGGAUUCAGGUAGAGACUGGGGCAGAAAUUCUCCCUGGAAGAAGCUAGCAGGACAAGACAAAUGACUAGUUGGGGUUGGGGAAAGAGGGCAGUAUUUAGUUGAAAUCACGAAAUUUAUUAUUGAUAGAUGGAAGGAAAUAAUUUUCCUAUGGUUCUGUUUCCUCUAAAAAAAUUACAAAAUGUGUCAUUUAUUCCAGUUUGGGAGGAUUGUUAAUUGUCCUUUCCUAUCCUUUUCUGGAUCACAGUCCAGCUGGGUUCAGGUAGCUGCUAGUUGGUGGGGUCAUGAUUUAUUUUAAAUUUUAAUUAUCUUAGUUUUAAAGCAUUUUGUGGAGAGAUUUAGGUAGAAGACCAACUUCUGUUUGGGGUUUUCUCUGGAUAGAUUUUGCAGAGAUAGCUUGUAGAGAUCAUGAUUUUGGACCAUAUCAAUAACAAAAGUUAUUGGGUGGGAUUAUGGGCUUGGCUUAGUGGGUGAGGAGAUAACUUGGUGGGUGAGAAGGCAAGACUGUUAAACAAAAACAAACCCUAAAAAGCUGUAAACCUACUAUUCCCAUCCUAUAUCACUGCUUUAAAGUAGAAUGAAAAAUUAUUUUAUGAACUAAUUUGUUUUAAACAAAAGAAAAACACAAAAAGAUUUCUUUUUCCAAUUGUGUUACCAUUUUCUCCUUCCUCUUCACUUCUGGGGAGUAAACAUCUAGGCUUCUUUUGUUGAGCCACAGCUGACCAUAGAUUUGUGGGUAGUUUAUUUUAAAAUGAAAAUAAAAAGUAAUUUACAAAAGGAUAUUUUUGAUAAUAGGACUGGAGAGAUGUUUAGAGGUGGAGGUAAUUUAUACAAGAAAUGGAAUUGGGGAAGCAUAGCAUUUUGGAGUUACAACCACAGACUUUCCUCUGAUUGAUUAAUAUUUUGAUUAAUCUCUUUUCCUGGCCCCCUCAACUCCCUCUCCUUGGGAAUGGGGGUGGGGGACCUUUGCAGUUUGCACAAAGCACAAACCAGGACAGAGGUGAUUCUGGCCCUGACCACUUCCAAAAGCUUUAAACUGAGGACCUUUCUUGGUCCCAUCUUCACUUUGACUUUUCUUAAAGAUGUCAACUAUGCAAUUGCAUCCAUUCCUGGAUUUGUUCAGAGAAGGGGAAUAACUAUAGCUAGCAUCUGGAGUGCUGGUAGAAACUUAGUUUUUCUCUAUUUGAAGUUUCUGAGAUGCUUUCUCACCUCCCAGACUCCAAGAUGGAGUCUUCCCUGUUUUUAAUCCAAGCUUUCCCCCUAACACCUAGGGGGCAAAGACAAGGGCUUUCUGCUGGCAGAUGCAGCUGGAGAAUUUUUAUUGAGGGGUUCUUUACCGCACUAUAUGAUGAGGGUGGUUGGGGAAUGGGGAGUAAAACUUCUAAAUGUCAGAGUUGUACACAGCUAGAUGAAGUGUUUCUCCAGUUUCCUUCCAUUUCUCAGCCACAAAGACCCUUCUUGUCAGUCUGACUUUGCUGUUUUCUGGAACCUUGCUGCCUCUGGCUCUUGUAUCUUGGACUCUUGAAAAAAAUGUUAUUUGGUUUUAAAUAAGCAAAAGUACCCAAAGACAAAUGGGGUGUGUUUUCCUGGUGGAGAAUCUGACCUUGAUCAUUUUCAUGGCUCCUGCCUGGCCACUCUUUCCCAACCCACCCCCCCCCCCUCUGUUUUUUUCAUGGUUCUUCUGUCAUCUUCCUAAGCUGAUAGUGUAGACUUGACCUGGAAAGAGGCAGAUGCUAAGAGAAAAAAGCUAAGGAGGCUUCAAGCCUCUUCCCUGCCUCCAAACAAAAAGUACCUUAUAGUUCUUUUUGAGUUUGAACUCUAGUUAGGUUCUAAUUUGACACCAUUUUGUUUUUAAAUUUGAAGGAGAACAGAGAUGAAAUGAAUACAAAAUUCUCCAUGGCAUGUGUUGUAUUUUUAAAAUAAAAAUGUAAUUUAAAUGUUAUUCCCUUUCCUCACCUCCUAAAAAAAAGGUUCUCAGUUUCCAGACUGAGGAUGGGUUGAGAUGUAGGUUGGGUACCUUCAAACCCUGUGGAUUUUUCUUAAAAAUUAAAUUAUUUUUUUAAAAUGGAAGAAGGUAAUUAUUUAUCGAGACAUUGAGACUCCCCCUCCCUUCUUAAUGUGAGGAGGGGUCCUGAGAGUUUUAACUAUUUUUCUACAGGGGAAGAUGGGUGAAAGAUUUCUUGGGGGGAGGGAGAGGAUGGGAUCAUGAUAUACAUGAGAUCAUGACAAUGGGUUUUUGUUCUAAAGGCAGGAAGGCCUUUAGAAAGUGGGGGUGGGUGGUGGGGUGGGAACUAUCACUAGUGUUUUGGGUGUGGAGGUGGGUACCCUGUCUUAAUCUCUCUGAAGCUCACUUGAGUUUGAGAGGGAUGUAUAUGUGAGAGGCAGAAAUUCUUUAACCAAACUUAGGGAUGCCCCCAUCUUUCAGUCUUAUAAGUGCACUUAUACUCUUGCAGAACAGGGCUUAAGGGGUUCUGAGAAUGAAGAGUUUUCAAGGUUAUAUUUUCCUUUCCUUUUGAACUAUGACCCUUGCUGUUUAACCUCUCAUUUACUUGAUCUUAUCCAUGUGAUUCUAGGAUGGUUGUGUAGGAACAGUCCUAGAAUUCCUCUAGUAUCUCUUUUUAAAAUUCCCUCUUUGCCCUGCUGAUUGUGCUUGAGAGUUGUAUGAAAUUUAAUUCAGAUUUUUUUCCCCUUUUAAUUUAGUUGGUUUAGCUUUCAAUUGACAAAAAUCUUUAAAAGGGUUUAAAAAUGGACAAUUUGGGGAAUGGGAGUAAGGGGGGAGGUCUCAUAUCUCUCCUAGUUAAACUCACUGCUGUAAAAGAGCCAGAGGUGAAAGGGGUGGGGUUGGGGGGACAGGUGCUACCUUCUCUCCCCCUUACUGAUUCCUUCUUAUUUAUGCAAACCCUAGAGCUCACAGACCAAUAAAAAUUUAAAAAGAAAA